AUGAUCUGGAAAGACGAACCAGGUGUCGACUUUUUUGAUGUAAGAAUUGAGAAACAAGCCGAAAAAUUCGUACAAGAAACCGUAGAUGAACUCGAAACUUUUCCUCUACCCCUAGAAACAAACCUUCAAUCUGAGUUAGAACAAAUUCCUUGUGAAAAAGAAACUCCUACUCAAAAUUUGAUAAGACCCCCACCCACAAUUCCUCCUACUCCAAAUGUAAUGAUAAGUUCACCAACAAUUUCCUUACCUUCCAAACCGAUUCCAGAGACGUCAACCUUACUCAUACAACCAGAGCGUCGCCUCGGGUUACGUCCUCGAAAUCUUUUAAAACCACCAAAAGGGUUCCUAAAAUUCACUAGCGAUGACUGUGAUUAUCAAAUAAGCCCCCUUCCCGCUAUUCCAGUAUAUUAUGAUGUCUAUUCUACUCUUCCCCAAAUUACCCGUUUUGUUGGCCAUUCGUGUACCAUAUGGCUGGAAAAGAAACACAUCUAUACUGACUUCUGGGGUUGGCAAACUCCAAGUCAAUCAAGAGUGCCAAUAGAAGUCAAUGCACAUGAAUGUGAAAAAAUGCGUGAUUCCCGAUUGUGCCAUGGCAAAAGCAUGGACUACUUAGGAAACAAUAAGUGGUCGUUCGAACGUAUUCCAAACGUGCAGGGUAGCUGGCUUCAAGUCACAGGUGAUCAGCUGAUCAACUGUCGAUUAGAAGAAGUUACUUUAGAAACUGAGUGCGCUAACUGUACGAUAAGUUCACCCAUUGGCGAUAUACCGGGAGGGAUCAACGGAUCCGUUUCCAACAGUGAAAUAGAAAGAAUUCGUGACGUCGAACAACAACUUGACUUUGUUUACAAUACAACUAACAAAGAAUAUUGUAAUUCAUCCGAAAAAAGUUACAAACAAGUAAUCGGAAUGGACAAAGUUAUUUUACGUUUACAUUCUUUAACUGAUACCAACGCUCAUCCGAGUAAACCACUGGAAGAAGACAUCGAAAAAAUUGCUGACAUUAUCCGGGCUGAGAUCAGCGGAGCAGCACAUUCUCAAUACGCACGAGACCGAACUACCGAUGGAAUAAAUGGAGUGGCUCGAGAAAUUCGAGCUCUGCAAUGUGAAAAUCGAGUGCUGGCACACAAAACUGCUAUCGCCACCGCACAACACAGUGGAUGGCUUGCUGCCAGUUACCUUAAUUUACCCACAUGUAGCAAAUUGAUAGCCACUGGUGAAUCGAUCAGCGUCUAUCAAUGCUCCCCGAAAAAUUCAACGAUCACCACUGAAAUCACAAGCUGUGGUCCUCAACCUAAACUCGGCGACUACACUUUAGACACUGAAGGAUGGGAACUGACGCCUUACACCCCCUGUUACUGGCACAAAAAUUUCGUCAACAUCAACGGUCGAGCACAUUUCUACAAAAACAGUUCUUGGCAUCCAAUCGUCCCCGGUGUAAUAAUCCAAGGACAUAGUUUGAUCAACACUUUGCCGUAUGAAGUUGAUAAGCUACUCGCACUAAGUUUACACCCCGCGCUAACCCCCCACCCGAUGAGCACCGCAGCUGCAAUCGCCGAGAUAAUUGCUGCUGCUAAAGAAGAA